CACGCAAACAUGCUUUACAAACAUUAUUAUUAUUUUGUUACUGAAUUUUCACUUGUUACUCAACGAGAAUUGGAUGCUCUGAAAGACCUGACAGCAAGAUUAAUUACAAAUACGGCCAAUUCACAACAACAGAGUGCUACCAAAAAUUAAAAUUUUAUUUUUCAUUCAUUUCUAUCAUUAUUUUUAUUAAAAAGUUGCAAAAUAAAAAAUUAUUCCUCAUUUUCUAGAUGAGUUCUUUUAAUUAUUUAAGAUAUCAAUUAGUGAUCGAGACCAGGGGUGUCCGUAAAUAAGCAGAAUUUCCGCAAAUUUUUAUUUUAAAAACCGUAGACUGCAGUUUCAAGGCCUGUCCAGAUGAAGAUAUUUUUACUUAUCC